AUGGCGCCCUUGACCUUCUCCGCUGCCUACAGCAACAACUUCAUCGCCCCUUGGUCCCACCUUGCCAACAAUAUCCGUAAACCCGUUAUUGCCGCAGUGUCUGGCUAUGCCCUUGGUGGUGGUUGCGAGCUCGCCCUCAUGUGCGACAUCAUCUACUGUACCUCGAAUGCCACCUUCGGCCAACCGGAAAUCAAACUAGGUGUUAUUCCCGGCGCUGGCGGGUCGCAGCGCCUGACUCGUGCGGUAGGAAAGAGCAAGGCUAUGGAGCUGAUCCUGACUGGAAAGAAUUUCAGCGGCAAGGAAGCAGGAGAAUGGGGCGUUGCUGCGAAGGUCGUCGAAGGAGGCAAGGAUGAGUUGCUCGAGGAGGCCCUCAAGACUGCCGAGACGAUUGCAGGAUAUAGUCGUGUUGCCGUCGUUGCUGGCAAGGAGGUGGUGAACAAGAGUCAGGAACUCUCGUUGAGAGAGGGCGUCGAGUAUGAGAGACGGUUGUUCCAUGCACUUUUUGGUAGUAAAGACCAGAAGAUUGGCAUGACGGCUUUUGCCGAGAAGAAGAAGCCUGAGUGGUCGAAUGAGUAA